AUGAUUGACAAAGUACUAUUUUGGAAUAUUAGAUUAGUUAAUACUCAACAAUCUUUUGAGAGAUUAACUGAUUUAAAUAGAAGACACCAUUAUGCUUUAAUAGCAUUAAUGGAACCAUUUCAAAGUGCAGAUUCCAUAGAUUCGUAUAAAAGCAGGUUGAGGUAUCAAAAUGCUCAUGUAAAUUAUUCAGGAAAGAUAUGGAUCUUUUGGGCUGAUGAGUGGCAAGGGUUGGUGAUGUCUGAUUCUGAACAACAGGUUACUAUAAAGAUGAAUUUAAUUAGAAGCUUACAUCACAUUCUAGUUUCCAUUGUAUAUGCUAAGUGUGAUGAGAGAGACAGAGAAGAUUUGUGGGAUGCAUUAAAUCAAAUGAUUCCUGAUGAUAAUAUUCCAUGGUUAGUAGGGGGAGAUUUUAAUGUGAUAUUAUCUGAAGAGAAUAAACAAGGUGGAUUACCUGUUACUGUACAGGAAACAAUGGACUUUGCACAGUGGAUUCAGAAUUGUGGUUUGAUAGAUAUAGGUUUUAUUGGUAGCAGAUAUACUUGGUGGAAUGGGAGAACACAGGAAGCUUGUAUUUUUAAAAGGUUGGAUAGGAUGCUUUGUAAUCAAGCUUUCCUUGAUAUAAAACCUAGCUCAAAAGUUCAUCAUUUGAUUAGACAAGGCUCUGACCAUGCUCCACUGCAUCUAAUAUGUGAUGAUGUUUCUCAGUCCAUUAGGAAACCAUUUAAAUUCCUAAAAUUUUGGACUAAAGAUCAUAAGUUCAUGGACACUGUCAGAGAUAAUUGGAAGGCAGAUUUCGUGGGCAAUCCUUUCUAUGUGUAUCAUCAUAAGAUUAAGAAGGUGAAGCAAGGUUUAGUGAAAUGGAGCAGAGACACUUUUGGUGAUAUUUUUCAAUAUAUUGCAACAAUAGAAGAUACUAUCAGUGUUAAAGAAUUACAGUUUGAAUUAGCCCCAACUCCAGGAAACAGGGAGGAACUUCACAAAGCACAAGCAGAACUUAGUAAAUUCCUAUAUUUGGAAGAGGAAAACUAG